AUGGCUCGCGCAGGCAAGGACAUCUCGACCACGCUGGCAACCCCUCCGAAUGCAGCAGUUCCUAUCUCAUUGCCGGAAUUGAGCCGAGCAGGCGUGACUCCCGAGAUAUCUCCCUUGGUGCGCAGAUUCAGCAACAAGGCCGUUGUUGAGCAACCGGGUAGCAUUCCAAUCCGGGCGAUGGAUGCUGUUGUGAGGAGAGAGACUGAUGCGCAGAGGAAAAACCAGCAGCGGCUCGUCGAGUGGGGGAGGUGGCUUGAUUUUGCGAUGUGUUCAACGGAUGAUGAUGAUGCCUUCCCAACUCUCGAAGUUCAGAGCAGGGACCUGAUUGAUACCUGGAGGCGCCUCUCGAAGUCGCUUCCGGGAAUGGCGGACUUGUCGCCCCAGGGAACAUGGAUCCCGACAAUCUCGACACUCAAACAGGCCGUUGUGCAAGCUGAAAACGCAAUGAAGGCCAAAAAGCUGAAUGGCUUUGGAUUGCUCAAGGACCGCUUCCACAGUCUGAUUCAAACCCUUGAUGAUCAUAAGUACAUGUUUGCAAUCAUCCCACAAGGAGAUAGAUAUGUCAGCCUCUUCACGGGGGUGGUUUCAUUCAUCGCAAAGGCGUCGAUAAACCACAUCAAGAUCGGCGAGUCGUUCUCGAUAGCUCUUUCAGACGUAAGCCGCGACUUGAGUUACGUUAAAGCAUCGGCAAUGGUGUCGGACACUCCAAUGAUGAGAAAGCUCGUUGUGGAGAUUUAUGUCGAAGUCUUCAAGCUUCUCUGUCAAGCUUUGGGAUGGUUCACAAGCAGAAGCCGCCGAACCAUAGCUGCCUUGGAUAGGAAUUAUUAUGCCCGACAUGUACAGCCGUUUAUUGACAGAAUACAGAAGGCAAUCCAGCGUAUCCGUGACGAAGCGCAUCUCGUGACGCAUGAGGCCGUCCAGGAAAUCAGGGACAUGGGGCAUAAGCUUUUGCAACGAACAGCUGGGCGCGAAAGCCGCCUGGACAGCGAGGAGAUGAGCCACGAAAAGCUCAGUCGAAUGGGAGAGACACUCGGAUUCUCAAGCGUGCAAACACUGAGUUCUGUUGAACAACAGGCAACACAUGGAACAAAAAACGAGUGCCUUGGGAACAGUGAUAUUGAUGCGAUGGAUGUUGAAGGUGAGUACGGCGGUAGGCGUAAGCCUCUUCGGUCCCGGGACAGAUCUGACUUCGACUUGGAGCGGUAUGCUCCCGCUUUUCUCUCUCGCUAUCUCGAGGACGGCAGAUCCGAUGUCUCUCGCAACCCCAGUGACGCGUUCUCUACGCUUCUUCCCAGCGAAGUUGUCACCGAGCUCCAGAAGUGGAUCACCGCCCCCAAAUCCAACACGGUAUGGGUCGUCGGUCGUCCCGUCUCGCCGUUUGGGUCCGGUCUCUCAGUUGCUGCGCUUCGGGUCUGCGAGAUUGCGAAGGAGAUGCGCAUUCCCUGCAUAUCCUUUAUUUGCAAGCAGCAGUAUUCGUUUGCCUCUUCGUUCUCUGCCAUCCGCAAGAACGGAAGCACAGGUAGACUCGAUCCCAAGGAAGCCGGUUUGAUAGCCCUCCUUUACUCUGUCAUUGCCCAACUGAUUUAUCUCCUCCCGGACGAGCCCUUUCCAAGCAGCGUGGUGCUGGAGAAGGAUAGCUUCGAGCGUCUGGAUGGAGCCAUGUCCAGCGCUCCCACAGCAUUGGAGAUCAUCAGGGAACUGGCAAUCCAUGCGCCACCAUCGCUGAUAUGGGUGCUUGACAAUGUGCAGAACAUGGAAAGCACCACAACCUAUGCACACCUGAAAGAGUUUGUCGAAUAUUUGCGUGAGCUGGAGAGGAAGACCAACUCGGCGCAUGGGGAGGGGAAGAAGCCGUUUUCCAAAGUUUGCUUCACGACGGAUGGCAACUGUGUGCUGCUGUCUCGCUUGUCUCAAAGGGACAGGGGCAUCGGGCAGAUCGAUGCGUCACGAAUGGCACAAAGAAGGCCGGGAAGGGUUCUGCCAGGUGGAGCAGACGUGGGACAAUUGGGAUGGAGUAGGCGCUGA